ACUUAAUCUAAUAUGAACCUCCCCCAUACAAAACCGAUUUCCCAAAACAGGUCUUACGCAAGGAAGGAAUGAACCACCCCUGAUCUCAAGACUGAGUAUAACAAAUAAGAAUAAUAAAUUAUCAGGACACAGAAAGUUAAAGAAAGCAGAUAGAAAGAACCUUGCGAAAGACAAUAUAAAAACACAGAUGUCUUCUUAUGAUAAAAUCAAGAUUUUGAAAAGCGGAGAUAACUUCAGCAAUAACAUAAAACAAUCAAGUGUUGAAUAUCUUUCACAGGAAAAGCUUUCAAAUUCUAAGACAACUAGCAAGAAGAUCGUCUGCACAACUAUUUAUAAGCCUCAUGGAAAGAUAGGGUCAAGAAAUUAUGUCCAUGAAUAUACUAAGUCUACAAGGUCAGGCAAGAGUGAUGAUGAGCUUUCGAAGUCAUAUGAUUCAAGUGCCCUCAAGUCUCGAAAUACCCCUUUCAAGGUUUAUCACAGUUCAAGAGCUAAUAAAUCCCCCUUGAAUUAUAACGUUGGACAGUCAUAUGAAGAAAUCCAACGUAGAAAAAAAGAGAUGAAAAGCCCAGGGAAAAAUCAUAGCUCAAGUCUCCAAAAAUACAAAAAGGCUAAAAUGAGAUACCAAGUCAAGAAGCCAAAGAACUACGCUGAUGCAAAAUCUGGUAAAAGUAAGAAAGAGGAACCUGCUCAGAAAGAAGAGCCAAAUGACAGCGUGGUUCACUUGGCUAAGUUCAUCAACAUUGUCAAAGAUACUCCUCCUGAGAGUGAGGAAGGCGCCUCAGAUGUUGAAGAGAGAACUCCUUCAGAGCUUAACACUCUAGGCAAAAAGACCAAUCUUCCUCUAUGAAAUAUCUCUAUCCAUGCUAGCCUUCAGGACUUGACCAUAAGUCCUUCACAGAGAAGCCUCAACAAGCCUAAAAAUAGCUUACUCCAGUCUAAAGACUCUUUCUGAAACUCAACUAAAAACCUGCUAACUAACAAAACCCCUAAAAAUGGCCAGUCAAGUCUCCAACCCCCUUCGUUCAGGAGGUCGCCCACUUUCGCAUCGACUUUUCCCAAGGCUAAUCGUGAAAUUAGAACAGAGAGUAAUAGGACUAAAGAAGUUGGUUCGGAAGAGAACAAGGCUAGUUCAUCGAAUUUUCACGAGCUUAAUAACAAUUUUCAAACUGUUCCAGAGUCAAAACCUGAUGUGGUCCAAAUAGAUUUCCAAGUUCAGAAACAUCGCCUCGGAAAUAUGUCCCAAAGUGUCCAAGAUCUCUCCUGUGUUAAUAAUAAGCCAGAGACCAAAUUUGAUAAAAGAAAGAAAACUAUUCAAUCUGAAAUGACCAAAUCAGGGAUGUCGAGGUCAGUCUUUGACCUUGAAACUGCUGAAAAUUACUACCAAAAAGCGAUCACAGCCAUGGUUAGCAUGAGAGAAGAAUACGAGAAUUUACUUCAGAAAGAGAAAGAUACAUCCGGUGCCUUAAGAGACCAAGUCAAGGAUCUUCAGGAAGAACUCGCCAGAACAAAGUAUAAUUCAAUUGAGGAGCACAAAACUCAGACUGACAAGGAAGUUCAGACAGCUGGAAACCAUAUUCAAGAGAAUUCAUGCCAGACUGAUGAAAUAGAUGAAUAUACUCGGUCUGCAGAGAGUGAACCCAAGAUCAGAAGUCUUCUCAUAGCCAAAACUGCUAAUAGUGACCAAAACCGCAUCAGGGAUAUGCAGCAGGAAUUGAUGAAGCUUCAAGAACAAGUUGUUCAACUGAAGUUAACAAAUAAGACCCUUAAGAAAGAAGGUGAUGUGAAAGACAACAAGAUAAGGCAUUUAUCAGCUCCCAACCAAGCACAUCUUAACAGGACUGAUGACCAUGAAGGAUAUGAGAGAAUAUAUUCUCAAACUAUUGAAGAGGAUAAAAACAACCUCACUGACAUCGACUCAGAGGAAAUCUCUCAUGAAUCCAUCCUUGAUUUUGAGCAACAAGAAGUUAUAAUUGAGUCAGUAGAAGGAUCAAUUGAAGUAGGAGAAAAUAGGAAGAGGACUACUUCCUAUAUUGUUAAAACUCCUUCAAAGAAUGAUACAUUAAGUGUCCAGGAAGAGGGGAAAGACUUGAUCCCCAUAGAAGAAGGGGAUGAAUCUUUAAUCAAAGAGCCCUGGACUCCAAAAUAAGCAGAAAGAUUCAAUUUCUCCUGCUCCACCAAGAGAUAUUCCUCAGAGUAGUAGUUUCACGAAGAAAUCCAUGAAUACAUCGGAAUUGAACUCCUCUAGAGAUUCUGAGUUAGAUAUGGUGCCAAGUUCUAGAGAAGAUUCUGCUGUAUACUGUUCUAGCCAAGGUUAACUAGCCGAAGAGCUUGAGACAACCAAGUUAAAUAAAUGGAUGGGAAAGAAUAAUUAA